CGCUGGGCUCGGCUCCCUCCCUGUAGCCUCGGGUCGGCGGCGGUUGUUGUUCAGCGGCGGCGGCCGCACCUCGAGUCCUAGCCUCCGGCCGCCCGCUCGCCGGCGGGUCCGCGCGCGCGGCCAUGGAGCUGGAGGUGCCGGACGAGGCGGAGAGUGCCGAGGGCGGGACCGUGACCUCGGAGGCGACCUGGUCCUCGGAGAGCUGCGCCGGUGCAGGUUUGGCCCAGAAAAAGACGGCCCUGGCGGAGGCCCCGUCUAUGAGUGGACAGCCGGGCCCUGGUCACGGGAGGAAGCUGGGCCAUCGGGGUGUGGACGCAUCUGGUGAAACCACGUACAAAAAGACCACGUCUUCCACUCUGAAGGGGGCCAUCCAGCUGGGCAUCGGCUACACUGUGGGCAACCUGAGCUCCAAGCCAGAGCGAGACGUGCUCAUGCAGGACUUCUACGUCGUGGAGAGCAUCUUCUUCCCCAGCGAAGGCAGCAACCUUACUCCCGCCCACCACUUCCAGGACUUCAGGUUCAAGACCUAUGCACCUGUCGCCUUCCGCUACUUCCGGGAACUCUUCGGCAUCCGGCCAGAUGAUUACUUGUACUCGCUGUGCAAUGAGCCUCUGAUCGAGCUGUCCAACCCCGGCGCCAGCGGCUCCCUCUUCUACGUCACCAGCGACGAUGAGUUCAUCAUUAAGACGGUGAUGCACAAAGAGGCGGAGUUCCUGCAGAAACUGCUGCCCGGCUACUACAUGAACCUCAACCAGAAUCCACGGACGCUCCUGCCCAAGUUCUAUGGGCUGUACUGCGUGCAGUCCGGGGGCAAGAACAUCCGUGUGGUGGUCAUGAACAACAUCCUGCCACGCAUGGUCAAGAUGCACCUCAAGUUUGAUCUCAAGGGCUCCACAUACAAGCGGCGGGCCAGCAAGAAGGAGCGGGAGAAGAGCAUCCCCACCUACAAGGACCUGGACUUCAUCCAGGACAUGCCCGAGGGGCUCCUGCUGGACGCCGACACCUUCUCCGCGCUCGUCAAGACGCUGCAGCGGGACUGCCUGGUGCUGGAGAGCUUCAAGAUCAUGGACUACAGCCUGCUCCUGGGUGUGCACAACAUCGACCAGCAGGAGCGGGAGUGGCAGGCUGAGGGUGCGCAGAGCACGACAGACGAGAAGCGGCCGCUCGGUCAGAAGGCACUCUACUCCACGGCCAUGGAGUCCAUCCAGGGCGGGGCUGCGUGUGGGGAGGCCAUCGAGACGGAUGACACGAUGGGGGGGAUCCCCGCCGUGAAUGGCCGAGGGGAGCGUCUGCUGCUGCACAUCGGGAUCAUCGACAUCCUGCAGUCCUACAGGUUCAUCAAGAAGCUGGAACACACCUGGAAGGCACUUGUCCACGAUGGGGACACUGUCUCUGUCCACCGGCCCAGCUUCUACGCCGAGCGCUUCUUCAAGUUCAUGAGCAACACAGUCUUUCGGAAGAACUCCUCCCUGAAGUCGUCACCAUCCAAGAAGGGCCGUGGUGCCCUGUUGGCGGUCAAGCCCCUGGGACCCACCGCGGCCUUCUCGGCCAGCCAGAUCCCCUGCGAGCGGGAGGAUGCACAGUACGACCUGCGCGGGGCCCGCAGCUACCCCACGCUGGAGGACGAAGGCCGGCCUGACCUCCUGCCCUGCACGCCGCCUUCUUUCGAGGAGGCCACCACUGCAUCCAUCGCCACAACCCUGUCCUCCACGUCCCUGUCCAUCCCAGAGCGGUCCCCCUCAGAGACCUCAGAGCAGCCGAGGUACAGGCGGCGCACACAGUCCUCCGGACCGGACAGCCGGCCCCAGGAGGAGGCAGGCGCAGAGGAGGACCUGCAGCAGAUCACAGUGCAGGUGGAGCCCCCAUGCAGUGUGGAGAUAGUGGUCCCUAAGAAGGAGGAAGAGGGGGUGGAGGCUUCCCCGGCCUGUGCCUCUGCCAUCGUGGUGGAAGCCGAAACCGCCAGCCAGGCCUCAGAGCCCGCCAGCCAGGCCUCGGAUGAGGAGGACACGCCCGCCACCGACAUCUACUUUUUCACGGAUGGGAGGUACUGGAUUUACUCUCCCCGGCAUCGCCGACUGCGGGCCAUGACGCUGAGCUCCUCGGGGACUCCCACCGAUGAGAGGAGCUGGGUGUACUCCCCGCUCCACUAUAGCGCACAGGCCCACUCAGCCUCCGACGGCGAGAGCGACACAUAAUUCCCGCGAACUACCAACCCAUAGGAGUGGAGCAUACACCUGGCCAGCCCAGCUCGGCCCAGAGCACAGGAGGUGCCCACCUGGCUGCCGCUGGCUCUCGCUCGCCCGCCUCCUCCCCUUGGCGAUGGUCACUGAUGCUCCGGGCUGCAAAGCAGUGCCCCGGUUCCGUCAACUACCUGCGCCUGUGAUACUGUGAACCUUCCUGAGUUUCCGAUCAUGUAUUUAUUUUGGGUCCUUACUCUUUGCACAGAGACGGCGGCACACGGCUGCUUUUUUACAAAAAACAGCAACAAAAAACACACACACCACGGGAAAAGAAGACACUUUGUUCUAUGCACUUUUUGGUUCUUUGCUAUGCUUGCAUGUGUCUUGCUGAGAGAACAAGGCUCAUUGGCUUUGAGGACCUGUGUCCCAUGGUCCAGCCGUUCCAGGUGAAAAUCCUGCUCUGAGUUUCCGCAGGCGCCGCCCUGCUCCACCUCAGGGAUGUGGACGUCUCUCCAUCCACGUGGACCGCUUAGUGUCUGGAAGAUAGGGCCCACGUGAUGGGAGACACCUUUUCAAAGGAUUUCCAAAACGUCCGACUCAGAGGAGGCAGCUGGGCCCUUAGCCACGGGACUUCCAGAGAGCUGGAGCAGGCCCUCCCCAUGGGCAGGCGCAAGGCCCAGAGGGACAGACUCUGCAGCAAGAGGCCCCCCAUGAUGGGUGGGCAGCCUCUCUUUCAUUUUUAAUUGAUGAAGACACCUGUGCAGAUUAAAGGAAAAAGUUCUUUAAUGAGAAACAGUAUUUUUUCCGUCAUCUUCAACAGGGGCAGCCAUUCCUGGGCCCCGAGCCCCACUGGGUGAUGCCAGGAUACCCUGAGGGGGCUGCUGUAGCCAACAGCUUUGCAGAGUCUCUCACACCCCCACCUACACACACUCCCACCUCCUGAGAGGAAAUGUCAGUAAUGGCUGCCCCUUGCCCACUCCGUGGACCCCCACCAGCUCAGGCCCACAUGGGAACAGCUGGGAACCAGCCUGGAAUAGAAGCCACAUCUUUUGGAAGAAUUCCUCGCCAGCCCCUGCCUCCCUGGGGGAGCCUGAGGCAGCCAGAUAACUCACUGAUCUAGGAAUCUGACUUUUUGAGUCCUUUGCAAGCUGCAUAUACUGUUGCUGGUUCUUGCUAUGCAGGUCCCCCCUCAUCCCACCUCAGCAGCCUGCUGGAGGGAACUGUUGGUCUGGCUGCUGUCCCCCCUCCCUGGAGAACCAGGCUGCACCCCGAAGGCUCUCCUCUUGCUGGGUGUGCAGGGGCAGCACCUCAACUCUGAGCAGAGCCUUGGGAGACACUCCAUGCAGCCUGGAGAAGGGGGGCCUCAGAGAACCCCCAGAAUAAGCUUGCAGGUACCCCUAACAAGAAGCAAGACAGCAUUCUCUCCCUACUUCCCAAGAAGCACUUGUCCAGAGCCUGGGGAACAUCCUCACCUGGACUUCAGACCAGUGCUGUCUGCAGACACCCUGGCCACAAGUCCCCAGUCUGCUCCUGACCAGUCCCACCAAGAAGGCAGGCAGACUCCUGAAGGCGCAUCUCAGACCUGGAGGACUUAACGGGGACAGCUGCAUCACCCAGACACCAACGUGAGGGUCACCGCCCAGGCCCCCGAGGCUGGGCACAGACAUCGAACCCCGGCGGGGAUGACGGGAGCAGCACAGCCCUGGGGCAGUGGGCCCUGCGUCCAUGCCAUCCUCGGUCAGUUUGGAAACGAGCCCAGUCCCUGCUGGGCCCCUUGGGCUCUCCUGAGGGAAACACGGAACAAAUGCAGUGGUUGGAUGCUGACUCUUAGGAGAAAUUUGCAAACCUCCUGGAUGUGGCGUUUCUGUGUUCAUGUUAAGUCAGAAAGGCCCCUUUGGAGACCCAUUUUGUGUUGUAUUCUUUGUCCCAGGACUGUGCUGAUGGGAGGCAUUUGUCCAUUCUUUUCUGGGCGGGGGGCGGGGUUGGGGGCAGGAGGCAAGACCUUAUUUAUAACUGUAGUGGACCCAUGGACUUCCUCAGACCCCUGACCAGGAAGGCCUGGAUCAGCCCACCUCGCCGUCACCCACCGGCCCCCCAAGGAUGGAAAUCUGUUAAUGGCCCCACUUCUCUCCUGACUCAUCUCUGAUAGCCGCUGUCGCGAGAACCUGGGCAGCGGGGUCUGACUUGCUGUACUGUAAAAACGAAAGGCAUUUCUCGAGGCUGACAAGGUAGAACCUUCUGUGUGUCCCCCUGCCAGCCUCUCAAACCUCCCCCACCACCACCACCUGGCUUAGUGCAAUACUCCCAUCCCUGAUGGGGUCUCUUGCCAUGGUACUGUCACCACAGCCCACGGUCCCCAUCCCAACCUUGUUUUUAUGGCUGAACUGAUUUCAAAACACAACGAAACUGCAAACCUUGUGUGUCUUAAUUCGCACCGGGGCUUCCGCGUGCUCAGCCCCUGGUCUAGUACGUGACAAUCCGGAGCACAGCCUCCUGGGCACCUCCGUGUCCUUACAGCCACUGCUGGCCCUGACAACACUCAUGUGCAGCCCCGGCCCCCCCACCCCUCCCUCUUUUUAUGUUGAAGAGAUCUCUAAUAAAUCGGGUAAUACGCA